AUGGAGCAGGAUCGACAACAAGCAGACAUUUCGACACCGGAGCUGGCUGGCGAGGCAAUAGCUGUGACCAAACAGCCCAAGAAGCGAUUCAUCGGACGCAGGGCUGCUGCAGAAAAGGCGGCCGCCAAAGGCGACUCAAAUGGCGGCAUUGAAGACAGUGGUGCUAUUCAGGUCGCCGCGCCUCGAAGGAGUGCCCGAGCCUUGAACCAAGUCCCUCCCGAGAUUCUGAACGAUCAAGACAUCAACGCCGCCAUUUCAUUACUUCCCUCAAACUACAAUUUCGAGAUUCACAAGACCAUCCACAAGGUUCGCAGCGCCGGAGCAAAGAAGAUCGCCUUGCAGUUUCCCGAGGGACUGCUUCUGUUUGCGACGACCAUCUCGGACAUUAUCACACGCUUCUGCCCGGACACGAGUACCCUGAUCAUGGGAGAUGUGACAUAUGGCGCAUGCUGCAUAGACGACUACACGGCGCGCGCUCUGGGCUGUGACAUGCUGGUGCACUAUGCUCACAGUUGUUUGAUCCCUGUCAGCGUCACGCAAAUCCAGACGCUGUACGUCUUUGUCGACAUUGGAAUCGACGUCUCGCAUCUCCUGGCCACCAUCGAGCGCAACUUCAAAGCGGGAUCCCGGAUUGCCAUGGUUGGCACAAUCCAGUUCAAUGCGACGCUGCAUGGCACGGCUCCACAGCUGCGGAACGCGGGCUACGACGUGGUGAUACCACAGAUUGCGCCCCUGAGCAAAGGCGAGAUUCUGGGCUGCACAAGUCCAGCGCUCAAGGACGAGGACAAGAUUGACUCGAUUCUGUAUCUGGGAGACGGACGGUUCCAUCUGGAGAGUGCCAUGAUUCACAACCCGACGAUACCAGCAUACCGAUACGAUCCCUAUUCGAGGAGAUUGACACACGAAACAUAUGACCACGAGCAGAUGAUGAGUCUGCGAAGCGACGCCAUCAGGUCGGCAGGAAAAGCAAAGAAGUGGGGGCUGAUUCUGGGAUCGCUUGGAAGACAAGGAAACCCGCAUACGAUGACCAUGAUUGAGCAGCGGCUGCAAGAGAAGGGCAUACCGUGGGUGAACCUGCUGCUCAGCGAAAUCUUCCCGGGCAAGCUGGGGAUGAUGGACGAUGUGGAAUGCUGGGUGCAGGUGGCAUGUCCCAGAUUGAGUAUCGACUGGGGAUAUGCAUUCCCGCGACCGUUGUUGACACCGUACGAGGCAUUGGUGGUGUUGGGGGAGCGAGAAGGGUGGGAAGGAGAUAAGAAGGUAUAUCCGAUGGACUUUUAUGGUAAAGAUGGACUGGGACGAACAAAGGCCGAGGACGUGGCAGCGAGGACGCGGGCAGUCCAGAGUGUCGCGUAG